AUGGAACUAGGAAGUGGAAGUUUCUAUUAUGUGCCUAGGUGUGUCCAACUCCCAUCUCUGAGGAAAAGUCCACAGAUCCCUGAGGAUAAAGCCGCCACGCCAUUGGACGAGGACAGUCACAAAAGGAGCCAGAUGGCACUGCUAGCCAAUCAGCUGAUGGAUUCAGCCAGGGUUGUGAGUGGCAUAAAUGGGAGGGUGGACCACUUCCCACAGUUCCUGAGGGUACAGAACCAGGGUCACAUGACCCAGGUCAAUGGCACCCAGGAAGACACGCGCAAGAACAGGAAGUACCCGUGCCAACUGUGUGGCAAGCGCUUCCGCUUUAACAGCAUCCUGUCGCUGCACAUGCGCACGCACACGGGCGAGAAGCCCUUUAAAUGCCCUUACUGUGACCAUCGGGCAGCACAGAAGGGCAACCUCAAGAUCCACCUGCGCACUCACAAGCAGGGCAACCUUGGGAAAGGCCGUGGCCGGAUCAGAGAGGAGAACAGACUGCUCCAUGAGCUGGAGGAGAGGGCCAUCCUGAGGGACAGGCACAUCAGGGGUGGUCUAGGUGGUCUGCCCCAGCCACCACGACCCCACAUAGCCCAGCCCCAGCAACCCAAGCCUGCCUCUACCACCACCCAGCUCCCCUUGACCUUCACAGGUUCUGGCCCUAUAGAGACUUUAUCACUGCCAUCCACUUCCCCCAAGAUGACCAUCACAGGCCAGGAGGAUCACACCCAGGCCCAGCCUUCUGCAGGCUUCCGCUGCUCCUUCUGCAAGGGCAAGUUCAGGAAGCAGCAGGAGCUAGAGCGCCACAUCCGGAUCCUCCACAAGCCCUACAAGUGCACCCUGUGUGAGUUCGCCACCUCCCAUGAGGAGGAGCUCAUCAGCCAUGUGGAGACGACCCACAUCGCCUCCGAGUCGGCCCAGACUCAGAGGCCCGCGCUGGGCAGCGGUCGGGGCGUGAAGCACCCUGGUGGGGAGUUCCCCUGCGAGGUGUGCGGUCAGACCUUCAGUCAGGCCUGGUUCCUCAAGGGACACAUGCGUAAGCACAAGGACUCGUUCGAGCACUGCUGCCAGAUCUGCAGCCGGCGAUUCAAAGAACCCUGGUUCCUCAAGAACCACAUGAAGGUCCACCUCAACAAGCUGGCUACUAAGAACAAGCAGCUCCCUGCUGACCCGGGGGUAUCUGUCAGCAUGACUAGUGUAGCCCAGGAUGCCCACUACAUCCACCUCUACUCCCAGUACAUCUCAAGCCUCAACAGCAGGUUCCUCUCCGCUGAGAGAGCGGGCCAUUCGGAGUUCCAGCAGAUCUUCGCCACGACUGGCAUUGGGAUGAAGGUGAAAGAGAUGCUGGGUAGGAUGCUGGCACCAGGACACGAUUCAAUGACUGAGGGGGAGAAUAAUCGCUCUUUGUUGCGCUUGAAUAAUCUGGUGCCUCCUCUGACUGCCAGCAGCAGGGAGUAUCAACUACAGGCUUCUGCCAACAAGGGAGACAACCUCAACAGCUACCCAGGCUGGCAGGUCAUGGCACCAGGACCGGCUGUAGAUCAGGGAGACCUAUACACAGCUAAAGAACAGCAGCGGGCCUACCUGGCUAAGCGGAGGGUGUCAUUAGAUGAGCGACAAGCGUCUGUGAGCGACCCAGAGAACCAGGCUAUUAGUAGGCCUAGCAGCCCAGGACUGAGCCAUGUCUUGCAGGAGAGCCUCAUAGGACCAUGUUUCUCUCAGACUGGCAGUACCCAGGAUGACAGCAGCCUACCCUCCUCCCCAGUCUCAGCUCUAACAGGUGAGGAGAAGGCCUACAGCUGUCCCCCCAGUGACUACACCAGCCCACAGUCAGUUUCUCUCAGUUACCGUCUGGAAGGCUACCACCUCCACCACCACCCCCAGUGGAACCAUGACACCAGGGACAACAUAGACCCCUCGUCCCCACAGCCCCCCAGCCCCAAGGACCGGAGCCCUACUUCUGACCUCUACAGUGGGCUGGAGGAUCCUGAUGAGAACAGGAGAAACCCAACUACUCUGCACAUGGACAGGCUAGCACCCAAUCUGCCUAACCCUUCCAACCUGCACCAGGCCUAUGGAGGACCUCCAGCUAUGGAGGACAAGAGUGUGAAGCCACAAGGUCUUCAUCAAUCCAUACAGACCUUCAUCAAUGGCCUGACAUCAAGUGUUCUGAGAGGGGACAGAAAGAGGAGGGCAGGGGGAGGUAUGGUCAGCACUCGGGGGGGAGGACAGGGGAGCUCUGAGGGGGAGGACCGUGUUGGAGUCAAGGGGAGUGACCGGGACAGUGAGGGGGAGACAGGUACUGGUGGCUCUGCAGUCACACCCAGGACCAGGAAGUCCCAGUAUGAGCCUCUGGAUCUGUCUCUCAGGCCAGACUGGGUGCUGUCGCCUCAGGCUGGCUCAGCCCACAUGGACAGGUCUCAAGGGGGAUUGACUGGGUUAUUCCAGCAGCACAGCAGUGUGUGUAAUGGCUCCCUCUCCUCCAAUAGCAACAGGCUCCAGGCACACACUGGGCAACACACGGCUGAACAGUCAGAGAUUGGAUCUGGCACUGGUGACCUGGAGAUGCCCACAGAGCAGGACGACCAACACAACUAUGACUUCUCAGCUCACAAUGAGGAUUGUGCACUUGAGAGCCAUGCGUUUAACAAAGUUGAGGAGGAAGAGGAAUUCAACAAACUAAGGAUAAUGAAGAGUAGCAGCAGCGAAGCACGGCUGAGUGAGAAGAUGACAGAGAUGAUGGUUGGCCUUCCCCAUGGGCCCAGUGAGGCCCUUCAGUGUCCCCAGGAGAAGCAGGGCCAGUGGGACAGGUCGGUCAUCCAGCCUCUCCUCUCUCCUCUGGAGCUGCUGAAGCCAGUGCCGACUCCUCACCACCACCACCUCCACAGAAACCUCCUGUCAGUCCUCCAGUCUUCCAGGGGCCAGAACCACAUGCUCCUCAACGGCCAUGCAGCCAGCUUGAAUGGUGGCGGUGGAGGGCCCAUGGAGAGAGCAGAGACUUCAGUAACUUCAUAUUACAUGAGCGUUCAACGCCAUCUAGUGGUCAAGUAG